CCUAACCACUGCCAGGUCAGCCACCUCUCGCAGCCGGACGCUGAAGCAGCCAUGGCGCCGGAGGUGGGGCUCAAGCGGUCGGCCACGCAGACCAUCACGCUGCCGCCGCCCGACGCGCAGCUUGCGGUGCGCGAUGUCAUGCGGUCCACGAUCCCGACGCCGCCCGCCGAGGCGCUGGCGGCUCCAGAGAGGGCGGCGCCCGCCGCGGCGGUGGAGGGGUUCCUGUGCCUGGAGGAGGUUGACGGGAGGAGGUGGAGCUACGUGGCGGGCGGCGGGGCCGGGAAGGGGAGGGGCGGGGGCGGGGCCGCAGUCCCAGCGGGGCCCUCCAUCAGGGCCGUGCCGCUUCAGUCGCCGCUUCCGCCCGCCGAGGAAAUAAUGACAUUCAUAAGAUCAUAUGUUGUGCCUGAAGGGUUUCCAGACAGUGUCACACCUUCAUACGUCCCAUACAUGACCUGGAGGGCGCUGAAGCACUUCUUUGGUGGAGCCAUGGGGGUGUUUACGACAAGAACAUUGCUGAGCUCUGUUGGAGUCUCUCAAAACAAGGUAACACCAGGUGCCAUUGCUAUCAACUGGAUCCUCAAGGAUGGUGCUGGGCGUGUCGGAAAAAUGCUUUUUGCCCGUCAAGGAAAGAAGUUUGACUACGACCUAAAGCAGCUGAGGUUUUCUAGUGAUCUCUUUCUGGAGAUAGGAGCUGGGAUAGAAUUAGCUACUGCAGCAUUCCCUCAAUUUUUCUUGCCUAUGGCUUGCGUAGCAAAUGUUGUAAAGAAUGUAGCUGCUGUUACAUCGACCUCAACUCGCACUCCAAUCUACAAGGCAUAUGCAAGAGGGGAAAAUAUUGGAGAUGUCACUGCUAAAGGCGAAUCUGUUGCGAACAUUGCAGAUCUGCUGGGCACUGGUCUGAGCAUCUUUAUCUCAAAAAGGAAUCCAUCAUUGGUGACUUCGUUUGCCUUACUGUCCUGUGGAUACCUCCUGAGUUCAUAUCAUGAGGUGAGAUCUGUUGUGCUGAAUACCCUAAACAGAGCAAGGUUUACCGUCGCAGUGGAUUCCUUUAUUAAAACUGGUUCCAUCCCCUCCUUGAAGGAAGGAAACUCACAGGAGACAAUAUUUAAUCCACCUUGGCGGCAUGAGCCAAUUGCAAUAGGUUCACGAUUUGGAGAAGCAUUUCAAGAGCCUGCUUCAUUUGUUGCCAUAAGGCCUCUGUUUGAGGAUGAGAGAUACAUUGUAACAUAUAACCCAACAAAGGAUAAGGUAUAUGCUUUGCUCAAGGACCAAGCAAAGUCAGAUGACAUUCUCAAAGCUGCUUUCCAUGCUCAUGUGCUAUUGCAUUUCAUAAAUGCAUCACAUGCUCGGAUGCUGAAACAGAAGCAGAAGCAGGUGAACUCCAACCGAUCAGAUAACUAUGGAAACCUGUACUCAAGAAACAUGGAUUUCCUGGCGCACAUCGCUGAAUCUUGCAAAAUCGUUUCCUCAUCAUAUGGAACUUUCAAGAAGAAAGCAAGAGAGCAGGGUUGGAUCAUGUCAGAAUCACUGCUCAACCCUGGAAAGGCUCGAUUGUGUGGGAGAAGACCACAAUGAGAUACUGUUUCUGUAUCAACGAGAUGAUACCAUCUCAUGUUCGUGAGACUUAACUUUCUGACAAGACGGGAUGCUCAGCUGUAGGAGCUGAACUAACAUAUGUUGGCGCCCAGCAGUAGAUGUGAAUCAGUGGACCUUCAAUCAAUCUCACGCUACCAAAUUCCUGGGAGACCAAGAGUUUUGCAAUAUGUAAGUUCCCCCUCUUUCGCAUCUGGGCCUUUUUACGCUGUGCUGUCGGUUGCCGAGCGUUUUCUGUUUUAAUUUCUUGACAUCGACAUGAAGAAUGCCUGAACGAAAAACAAUAAAACGGGCACGAGGGAGGUAUGCUGGUUCACGACGAAGGCGGUCAACGAGGAGGGGGACUUGAAACUGCUAACUGCACAGACUAGGGACGUGUAUUUAUGUUUGCCGGUGUAUCCGACUUGGGUAGCCAUCCUGCUGUAACCUGUGUUACGUGUUGGUCGGCUGCGGAGUAUUUAUGUUUGAGAGUCUUUGGCGUUGUUUCUUUUAGCUGACUUGAUCCUCUCUUCCUUUACUACCUUAGGCUCGUCCGUAAAUUCCAGUUUUCCUCAGUGAAGACUUGCUGUGUACAUACUUGCUGUAUAAUAAUUGCAAUCCUUCUUUCCGUGUUAA